AUGGAUCCAACCUCAGGAAAGGCGUCCCACAUCAAGGGCUCCAAUAAUCGGGAGCAGAGCGAAGACGAGUUGGAUCUACUUGACGUGGUAAGAGCUCGCAUUCAAGGAGAAGGCAAGACAGCCCCAACAGCUGCAAAUGGAGACGCUGCUUCAAGAGAGGUUGCUACCGCAGGCAUGGGAUCAAAGAAUUUUGCGACCAAUAAUUAUGGCAGCAAUACCCAUGGAGACUCAGCAGCUGCUGAAGCUGAUACAAAGGACACAGAAGGAAGACAGGAUGAGAAGAUUGCUGAGCGGCUGAGAAAUUGGCAAGCAGUCACAGACCUUGACGAAGCCAUUGGAGCCAAGGGAGAGGCACAGAGACACUUUCAAGCAUUUGCUGCUUUGGAUGAAGCUAUUAGCAAAGGUGCAACACGGCAGCAGCAGGAGAAUGCAAUGAAGGGUACCAGAGAAGAAAGACAGGAUGAGAAGAUUACAGAAGCAGAGCGGCUGAGAAAUUGGCAAGCAGUCACAGACCUUGACGAAGCCAUUGGAGCCAAGGGAGAGACACAGAGACACUUGCAAGCAUUUGCUGCUUUGGAUGAAGCUAUUAGCAAAGGCGCAACACGGCAGCAGCAGGAGAAUGCAAUGAAGGGUACCAGAGAAGAAAGACAGGAUGAGAAGAUUACAGAAGCAGAGCGGCUGAGAAAUUGGCAAGCAGUCACAGACCUUGACGAAGCCAUUGGAGCCAAGGGAGAGACACAGAGACACUUUCAAGCAUUUGCUGCUUUGGAUGAAGCUAUUAGCAAAGGAGCAACAUGGCAGCAGCAGGGUAAUGCAAUGAAGGGUACCACAAAAGCAAACCGCGCAAGUCAAAGCAUGGAUCUUGGUGCAUAUGCAGUACCGGUACCGGCAGCUGGGUUCGGUUCUGAACCAGCUGAUCCGCAAAGACAAGAUGCAGCUGCUAAUGGUGGCACAAGUCAAAACUUGGAUCCUGGAGCGUAUGCAAUUGGUGGCAUUGGUGCUGGAACUGCUGAUCCGCAAGUACAUGAAAUCGUGGCAAAUGAGAGUAAUGGUGAAAGCCAGAGCGGACUCCGAAGUUCUAGCUUGGCCGUGGCUUCUCCUGUUGACGACACUCCCUUUGCAGAAGAGGCUCGACAAGUCGGUGGUAGUGAUUCCGACCAGCAGAAAGAGUUCUGGCAAAAAAAUUGCCCCCUUCUACUUUUGCUCUUCCUCAUUGUUCUUGCUAUUGGAUUAGGCGUUGGCUUCGCAGUGAAAAACUCAAGAGAAACAGAGUCAGAAGCCAAAGUUUUUGCAUCAUAUUCACCGUCUCUUUCUCCGUCCUUUUCACCUACCUCAUUUCAAGACUUGGUAUUUGCUUCCCUGCCAGAAGAGACACAAGAGGAGAUUGGAACAGGUAAUAGUACAGCGCAAGCCAAAGCCUUUCAAUGGCUUAUGAAAGACCCCAACCUUCCCAAUCUUCCAGACUGGCGUAUUGUUCAGCGAUUUGCCUUGGCAGUAUUCUUUUAUGCCACCAAAGGGCCAGACCAGUGGAUCAACACAACAAAUUGGUUAAACUAUGGCCAACAUGAAUGUGACUGGUUUUCAUCUGGGGCAUAUUGCUACCUUGAAGAUUGUGAUGAGGACAUCAGUCCCUGUGGAGUCAACUUUACAGCUGAUAAUGCAGAUUCAUGGACAGGAGGCUGGUAUCUGGGACUCUGGAUGAACCAAAAUCAGCUAGAGGGAGUGUUACCCCCUGAGAUCUACCUUUUGACAUCACUUACCAGCAUUCAACUGUUGGGCAACAGCUUGAUGGGGGCAUUGUCGUCACGGGAUGACCAACUGUUGAACCUAGCCAACCUGGAGGUCCUUGACUUGAGUGCCAAUUUGAUAUCAGGAACCAUUGCCACAGAAGUCUUCUCUCUCCCUCGUUUGACUUAUUUGGGUCUGUUUGGGAAUGCGCUUUCCGGUACUCUUCCGUCAGAAGUUGGUGUUGCCAAUGUUUCACUGCUUGCUCUGGAGGAGAAUUUCCUUACUGGGAUCAUACCCACAGAAAUCCUGUUGUGUGAAGAUUUGCUCUACCUGGCAUUGGAUCACAACCUUGUCAGCGGAACCAUUGCAUCCGAGUGGGGGAACUUGCCAGUGUUGCAGUACUUUUAUGUGAGUGCCAAUGCACUCACCUCUAUGAUUCCAACAGAGCUUGGACGGAUUUCUACUCUCGAAGCUUUGGAUCUAGGUUCAAACCUACUUUCCUCGGAGGCAAUUCCCUCCGAGUUUGGUCAACUGAGCAACCUUGAGUUGCUGUUCUUGGAAAGGCUCUCUCUUGAAAUGAUCCCUGUGGAGAUAUGGCAGCUGACGACUCUGAGGGAUCUCUUUGUACAAAACAACCAGCUAACUGGCAGUGUCCCUACUGAGAUUGGGCUUGCAGCCUCGCUGGAAGUCGUAAUCAUGGGUUCAAACUUUCUAUCUUCAACAAUCCCAACGGAGAUUGGCCGUUUGUCUCAUCUGUAUGGGCUACUGCUGUAUUCAAAUGACCUAUCAGGUUCAAUACCAUCAGAAAUUGAAAGCCUACCGCUAGGAUAUCUCUGGGUCCACAACAACUCCCUCACUGGAACAGUGCCUUUGCUGGAGCCAAGCAUUUCCAGCCUAAAUCUGGAGGACAAUGUGCUGUUGUCAGGAAUUAUACCAGAGUAUUUGUGCAUGGCACCUGAUAUCGGCUUUGACUGUACCGAGUUGCUGUGCGGUUGUGAAUGUGCUUGUAACAGCCCAGCACACAAUCAGACCAAUCGCAGUGCUACAUGA